UCUGGUCUCCCCGGCAACAGCCCCUCCCGCCCGCGCCCAUGCUAGCUCCUCACAGGAAGUAGGCCCCUCCUCGCCCACCGUCCGAGAUCCGCGAGCUACGAGCCCACGAGCUCCACCAUCCCAUUAGGAGAAAAGCUGCUGUUCAGUCCAUGAAGACGUGUGCCAUAAAAGAGUAGGAGAUACUCCCAAAGAGUUUCAGUGCCCAUUUGUACUUCCACAGUCAGAGAUGGCAGCAAAGGCAGCAUCAUGGAAAGCCACCGACCCUUGGUUUUCUCAUCCAGUCUAUGCAAGAUACUGGCAACAUUACCAUCAGGCGAUGGCCUGGAUGCAAAGCCACCAUGGUGCCUACAGGAAGGCCAUAGAAUCUUAUUUCAGUUGUCCAUGGCCCUUCCCUCCUGCGGCCCUUCCCGGAAGCUCAUACCCCAACCAGGCCAAAUCUCCUCGGCCCUCUCGUGACCAUCUCCUGGCUUCCACGGACUCGCACUGCGGUUCUUCGCAUUCUAGAAGGUCCCGGCAGCAUCCACCAGCCCGCAAGACGAAACAGGCAGAGGAGGAGGCAGGGUCUGAGUCGGAUGGGGGUGUGGAGUGCGACCUGAGCAACAUGGUGAUCACAGAGGAGCUGCGCCAGUACUUCGCCCAGACCGAGAGGCACCGGGAAGAGCGACGACGGCAGCAGCAGCUGGACGCCCAGCGCCUGAAAGACUACGUGAACGCCGACCACGACCUGUACUACAGCAGCCACCGCUCGGUGGACCCCCCGACCGAGAGGCCCGGCGAGCGCCGCCAGGCCGAGAUGAAGCGCCUGUAUGGGGACAGCGCUGCCAAGAUCCAGGCCAUGGAGGCCGCCGUGCAGCUGAGUUUCGACAAGCACUGUGACAGGAAGCGGCCCAAGUACUGGCCGGUCAUUCCGCUCAAGUUCUGAGCCCGGGCCGCAGGGUACCCAGCCAGCACCCCCUUCCUUUCGGAUUCACUAAAUCUCUCCUUCUGUGCAUUUUCUCAGGGAAAUUUCUCUUAUACUGAGAAAUAAGCAUGUUGACCAAAGUCCCAGGGGGCCGAUCUCAGGGCUGGAUGUAAUAUGUUGGCCGCUUGAAGUCAGCAAGACGCAUACUGUUGCCAACAAUGAAAGAUUUUCCUUUGACCUAAAAUGAUUUCAUACAUAUUAUGCUUGAUGAAGACAAUAAUACUGUUCAGUUAUUAAAGUCCCCAUUUAGAGAUA